AAAUGCAUGCCAUUAAACAAGUGCAUCUAAUCAACAACUUCCGAAAUGUUGUUUUGAAAGCUUCAGUCAGAAAUGCCUCCAUUAAGGGGGUAUCAUUGGAGUAUGAUAAAGAUCCCCAGCCUUUAUUUACCGAUCCGGAGACUCAAAAGUUACUUAAAUCGGUAACACAAUUACAAGUUGAAAAGGUCUUCCGUAAGGCGACGGUACAAAAGCUCACAUCCGAAUACAAAUUUAUGACAACCGAAGAAUUGGAAGAUGAAUUUCGAAGGACCAUUGAAAGGGCAAAGGCAAAACUGCAAAUGCCACCUGUGGUCAAGGUAAAGGAUGACACACAAAAAAUCAUUUCCGAAGACAAAGCCUUGAAAGGAUUCUCCGAUACGAAAUAUGUGAUAACCGACAUUAGUUUUGGUAUUAAGCCAACAGAACGAAAAGUUGUGGUACGUGAAACCGAUGGCACUUUGCGCUACGCACCCAUGGAUGUAGCCAAGCGAAUGAAGCAAUUGUAUGUGCCCUUGACGGGACGUAAAAUACGUACACCAAAAAUGUUCGAAGAUGAACACUUCCAACGUUGCUUAGAUGAGCAUAAAUAUGAAUUCAUUCUGGACCGUCUGGUAGUACAAUAUGAACCUUACGAAGCUGAUUAUCAUCGACUCUGCAGCAAGGUUUAUCAGCAUUUAAAUGAAACCAAAGAAUUCGAUCAAUUGCGUUCUACCCGCCACUUUGGACCCAUGGUAUUUUUCUAUGCCUGGCAUAAGUGUAUUGAUGAUCUUCUGUAUGAUAUGAUUCGUAGGGAUUAUUUGCGUAAUGCUGCCGAAGUUAUUGCCUUGUAUUAUAAAAUUCAUAAUGUACCGGAAAACUAUGGUGAACUGUUGCAGAAACUUGAUCAACAUACAUCGAUGGAAGAUGUUGCAUUGAAGACGCUGAGAAACCCUUUGAGGAAAGCAUUGGACAAUGGAGAUAUUCAUGAUGAAAUUGAAACAGCAAUUGGCAAAUCUGCUAAAGAUUUCGAAAUUGAUGAAUUGUGCUUGGGUUUCAUAGAACAAUUUAUAAGUAAACAUGCCCUCAAGAAGGUUCAGUUGGAGUUGGCUGUACAAACGUUGAAGGAAAUCAAUGCCGAAAAGAAACAAUUGUACGAAGGAUUGAGCAAAGCUCAUGGUGUUCAAAGUAAUUAAUGGGAUCGAAUUGUUAU